UAUGCAAAUCGAAGUUUGUUUUAUUACUUAAUUCAUUUGUAGUUUGAGCUUCUAGAGCAAUGAGCUGCUGGAAAACAUUUUAAAGUCUUCUUGUUUUUGGAAAUAUUUUAUGCUGAUAAACAGUGGCCAUAGUCUUUUUUGAGCGAAAAUUGGAAUUUAACAUAUAUUAAAUGGGUUUAUCCUUAUCCAUCCAUUGUGCUAAUAUUUUUCUCUUAUUGUACGGACAAUACAUCUCCCAUCGCAUCAUUAUUUGAUGUUCAGUUAAAGUUCGUGCGUCCGAUUUGUUAAGCUUGUUCUUCCUCCCUCAUGCAGAUGGAAUCUGCAUGGUGUUGCACCAAAGUCUUGCAUUAAACCUGCUUUUUGCACUAAUCCUUAUGGAAUAAGCCUUUUCUUUGUAUCGUGAUUCGUGCACGGAUUAUCGGACAAAACCAUUAAGAUGUUAGUUGGUUUUUUCAUUUUAUUUUUUAGGUUUAUGGGAAAUUUUCUGAAAGCUGUCUAAAAUUAAAUUAAAUAAUCGAUUAUUUUAGUUUUACUAUUUUUAUAAAAUGAGUUCAGCUUUGAUUGUAAGUUUUAUUAAUAUUUUGAUUUGUAGUGUAUAGCAAACUAUAACUGUCGGCAAUAAAUAUUUCGCUAUCAGUCUUGCAUCUUAGGUGGACCCACAUAAUUUUUAUUUUAUUUGUUACAAAUUUGUUACAAAUUUAUUUUUCGCUUUUUUUGGAAUCAUUU